AAUAAAAUAUGUAUGUGUGAACAAUACAAACUUGCCGUGUAUGUAGUAUUAUUAUUUUGUUAUUAUUAUUUCGUUUUACGUAUUUAUUUUUUUUCCCUGACGCUACUGUACCUUAAUGGAGAAUGUUACAAAUUAAACGGAAGCUGCGUUUUUUUUUUUUGUUCGGUACAGAGUGACGGAGGAGCAGGCUUGCCUGUAGUGUGAACCCAAUGACUGGAAUAGCCUGAUAUCUUCCCUCCAGAUCUGCCAAGAUGUCAAAAAGGCCAUCCUAUGCCCCGCCCCCAGCCCCUGCCCCCACCACACAAAUGCCCAGCACCCCAGGGUUUGUGGGAUACAACCCAUACAGCCAUCUGGCGUACAACAACUACAGACUGGGAGGCAACCCAGGCAGCAACAGCCGGGCAACGAAUUCUUCCGGGAUUACAAUUCCAAAACCACCGAAACCUCCGGAUAAGCCCUUGAUGCCCUAUAUGAGAUAUAGCAGAAAGGUUUGGGACCAAGUGAAAGCCUCAAAUCCAGACCUGAAGCUGUGGGAGAUAGGGAAGAUUAUUGGUGGGAUGUGGAGAGACCUCACCGAUGAAGAAAAGCAGGAGUACUUAAAUGAAUACGAAGCAGAAAAGAUUGAGUACAACGAGUCGAUGAAAACCUACCACAACUCUCCAGCCUACCUGGCCUACAUCAAUGCCAAGAGCCGGGCGGAGGCAGCGCUGGAGGAGGAGAGCCGGCAGAGGCAGUCCCGCAUCGAUAAGGGGGAGCCAUACAUGAGCAUCCAGCCUGCAGAGGACCCUGAUGACUAUGAUGAUGGGUUUUCUAUGAAGCACACAGCGGCUGCACGUUUCCAGCGGAACCACCGGCUGAUCAGCGAGAUCCUGAGUGAGAGCGUGGUUCCGGAUGUCCGGUCUGUGGUUACCACAGCCAGGAUGCAGGUCCUCAAGAGGCAGGUCCAGUCCUUGAUGGUCCAUCAGAGAAAGUUGGAAGCGGAGUUGCUCCAGAUUGAAGACCGCCACCUGGACAAGAAAAGGAAGUUUUUGGAGACCACAGACUCAUUCAACAAUGAGCUCAAGAGGCUGUGUGGGAUGAAGGUCGAGGUGGACAUGGAGAAGAUCGCUGCGGAGAUCACAGCCGCGGAGGAAGCGGCUCGGAAGAGGCAGGAGGAGCGCGAGCAGGAGGCUGCGGAGCAGGCAGAGAGGGUAGCGGCGGCCGCAGCACUGGAGGAAAAGCAGGCAGCAGCAGCAGCGGAGACAGAGGCCAGCAAACAAGACGCAGCAGCACCUGAGGAUGAGGAGCUAGAGAAGAAAGAGGAGGAGCCAGAGGCGGAGCCCAUGGAGACAGAUGAGCCCCAGGCAGAGGAGGCCUCGGAGAGCCAGCAGAACAGCGAGGAGGGGGCCUCCACUACAGAAGACAAAGAGAGCGUGCCGGAGGGGGUGGACAGCGUGGUUGAAGAGGGAACAAGCGACAGCAACACCGGCUCUGAAAGCAAUAGCGCUCCCCCUGAAGAACCUCCAGCAGAGUCGGGACCCGAGGAGGCUGCUUCUGAGAAGAAAGAAUAGCGGAUAGUGUUUUAGUACUGUAGUGUUUUUUUUUUGUGUUUUUUUUAAACUUUGUAUGUUUUUAAAUAAAACUUAACAGAUGCAUUUUUUUUUUUGUUA